AUAUUAUUGUAAGUCAGGUCAGGAGUUCAGGAGCUCUCUUUUUGUUACGUUGGCAGCUAUUCGUACUCAUUGCGAUUGCUGCACAUGUAUAUACAUGUUUGUUUUAGGAUACGUGAAGUGAUAAAGUGCAAAACAGUUCAAUUAUUUGAGUAAAUAUUAAUUAUUAACGUAAUUAAUCAAUACAAAUCGUAGUAUUAAAUUGUCUCAGUUGGACCAUUUAUCAUGCAAUGACAUAAUUCGUUUCUACGCUAUCGUAAUUACUUGUUUACUUUAAAGUAACCUAAAAAAUUAUGGAUAUUCCGACUCCUUCAAAUGUAAAUCAUGGAUUUUCUCAUAAUAACGAUGCAUUUUUGAAUAUAUCUAUUGAAUCUCCAAAUCUAGAUCCAUUGUCAACAAAACGGAGAAGCUCCUCACGUACAAUAAAGCGUAGAAAGUUUGACGAUGAACUUGUCGAAACAACAUUCAAUUUGCAACCACCAGCUACAAGUACAAAGUCUGCCUCCAGAUCUAGAACUGUUUCGAUUUCUACUACCCCAAUGGAAUCUGCUAUCCCACAACAAAAUGUACCAAGUCCAAUUCAAGUCUCUACAAAUGUCACUCAAUCAGACAAAUGUAAUAGACGAACAAGUAGACCAGGGGCAUCGAAUGCUCCUGGUAGAAAAAACAAGAGAAAUAAAAAUCAUUCACAUUCAGUGAAUGCAACAAAGGAUUUGGGAAGGUGGAAACCAACAGAUGAUUUGGCACUAAUUACUGGUGUACAGCAAACAAAUGAUUUGAGAAUGGUUCAUAGAGGUACAAAGUUUUCUUGUCGAUUCACAUUGCAAGAAAUACAACAAAGGUGGUACGCUUUAUUGUAUGACAGCGCAGUUUCACGAGUAGCAGUUCAGGCAAUGAGAAAUUUACACCCUGAAUUAAUUGCUAGUGUCCAAGCAAGAACUUUAUAUAGUAAACCAGAGGAAGAUCUGCUGGGUACAGUAAAAUCGACGUCUCAGCCAACGUUAGAAGUGUUCCAAGAACUUCUUGAAGCAAACACCCAUACAUUUUAUUCUGCUCGAACUGCGAAAGCUUUAAUGGCUCACUGGCAGUUGAUGAAACAAUACCACCUACUUCCUGAUCAAACUGUACAAAGUCUGCCGCGCGGUGAACACGUUCUCAAUUUUUCUGACGCUGAAGAUAUGAUCAAUGACACCGAGUUAAUUGAACAAAAAGAUGAGUUGGUAGAUGCAGAGCUCGUUGCAGCAGAUAGGAGAAAUAAGAGGGAGAUAAAAGUGUUAGAGAACGAAUUAAGUAGGUGGCAAGUUCUAGUUGACAGUGUAACUGGUGUAAAUCCACCAGACUUUGAUAAUCAAACUUUAGCAAUACUUAGAGGGAGACUUGUUAGGUAUUUGAUGAGAUCGCGGGAGAUUACUGUAGGUCGUUCAACGAAAGAUCAUAACGUGGACGUGGACUUAUCAUUGGAAGGACCAGCUUGGAAAGUUUCACGAAGGCAAGGGACAAUUCGUUUAAGAAAUAAUGGAGAUUUCUUUCUUUCUUCAGAAGGGAAACGUCCGAUUUUUGUAGAUAGUAGACCUAUUCUCGCAGGGAAUAAAAUGAAACUUAAUAAUAAUAGCGUAAUUGAGAUUGCAGGUCUAAGGUUCAUAUUUCUAAUAAACCAAGAACUAAUUUCCGUCAUACGUCAAGAAGUAGUGAAACUGAAUUUAAAGCCGUGAAUGCUUUACUUAUUCAUUUAUAAUGUAUUAACGCUACUGUAGCUAGUGUAAUGUCUCGUACAUGCUGUAUCGUAUUAUAAGAUUUUUGUAUAAAGUACAUAAUUGUUCAGUUAAACAAAGGUAAUAAAUUUUGCUCAAUUUUGUAUAUUGUAA